AACUCACUGUCAAGGUGACGAGCUUCGCGCCUGACAAAUAGCUCCGACCUCUGCGGGCUCUCAUACACAGAGUGGGCAUGAACACGACCGGAUUUGGGAGUUUUUGGUCAAAGGUUUGCUUUCUUUCCCAGAUUUCAUCUCCAAAAGGAACAAAACCUGGACAGAAGUAGCGCGUAAAACUUCCCCCAAGGACGCACAGACGCGCAGCAAAACUGGGGUACCUGUACUUCCAACUUUGCUUGGUCUGAGGAUAACUUUUGGCCAGAGAGUUGAUCUCCGGACUAUAGCGGUGCUACACAGGGAACAUGAGUUCUGGCUUGUGCCACUGAAGGAGUGAUAAUCGCUGUACGCGCUCGGUGUCUGUUAAGGUGACCGCACGGCCAGACUAUGCAGCAUCCUUUGGACUUGGGGGCGCAUUACUACCCACCCGAAGUUCAUGCCGACCACAGAACUCACCGUUACAGGAGUUUCAUGAUAGAGGAGAUCCUGACUGAUCACCCGGAACACAAAGCGUCCGCCCCGGCCGGGGAGCUGCUUAAAUUCGGAGUACAAGCCCUCCUAUCCGCCCGGCCUUUCCAUAACCAACUGGUGCUAAAAGCGGACCAGACGAGCCUCCUCAAGUUCCCCAUGUCCCCGCUGUCCUGCUCGCUGGGCUCCCCGCUCGGCUCCCCGCUUCUAACCGGGGCUCCGGGCCUGCAGAUCGGAGCGGCGUCUCACCACCUGCCGCUGGACCUCCACCUCCGGGGGAAGCUGGAACACGGAGUCGACGGAGGCAGCAAGACCAAGAAGGGCCGGAGGAGCCGCACCGUGUUCACCGAGCUGCAGCUCAUGGGCCUGGAGAAACGCUUCGAGAAGCAGAAAUACCUCUCCACGCCCGAUAGAAUAGACCUCGCCGAGUCUUUGGGUCUCAGUCAGCUGCAAGUGAAAACGUGGUACCAGAACAGACGGAUGAAAUGGAAGAAAAUUGUGCUGCAGGGAGGAGGUCUGGAGUCACCGACUAAGCCAAAAGGCCGCCCAAAGAAGAACUCCAUCCCCAGCAGCGAGCAGCUCUCCGAGCAGGAAAGAUCGGCCGCAGAAGCUGACCGUCAGUCCGAAGGCUGCAGCUCCCACUCAGAGAACAAUCAGGAGGAGUGACGGACUCUCUAGGAAACUCGGGGACGCUCAGUGUGCGCAGAGAAAAGACGUUUGCUGGAGCUCAUGCACACAAAACAAAAGCCUUCUGGAGGCCGCUGCAGAAUCAGACAGUGCAGGAGGCGCAGCAGCAGAUUGUGUUUCUGGUGAACUUUGCUGCAGCUCAGGAGGAAACUCAAACCUUUUGCAGUAGGUCUACCCUUUAUAUUCUAAGGAUCCACUCACACUCAUCUGUUUUGCAUUCCCUUUUUUUGUGUAACUGUGCUUAAUGUUUAAUUAUUAAAUAUAUUUUCACUAA